AUGGUUGGUCAUCUCGGUGAGCUUUAUCUCUCAAGCACCGCCAUUGCCUUUUCUUUCUGUAGCGUCACCGGUUUUAGUCUCGUCUUUGGAUUGGCUAGUGCGUUGGAGACUUUAUGUGGUCAAGCUUAUGGAGCUAAACAAUUCGAAAAACUUGGAGUUCAUACUUACACAGGGAUCUUCUCUUUGUAUCUUGUGUGUAUUCCUUUGUCAGUUCUUUGGAGUUACAUGGGUGAUAUACUUUCUCUUAUUGGACAAGAUCCUCUGGUGGCUCAACAAGCUGGAAAGUUUGCAACUUGGCUCAUACCUGCGCUCUUUGGUUAUGCUACUUUGCAGUCACUUGUUCGGUUUUACCAAGCGCAGAGUCUGAUUUUGCCUUUGAUUAUGAGUUCAAUAUCUGCUCUUUGUGUCCAUGUUGUUCUCUGCUGGAGUUUGGUCUUUAAGUUUGGUCUUGGGAGCCUCGGUGCAGCUAUUGCGAUUGGCGUCUCUUACUGGUUUAACGUGACUGUUCUUGGAUUAUACAUGACGUUUUCUUCCAGCUGUAGCAAGACUCGUGCUCCCAUCUCCAUGAGUGUGUUUAAAGGAAUGGGAGAGUUUUUCCGGUUUGGAAUCCCAUCUGCAUCUAUGAUUUGCCUCGAGUGGUGGUCAUUCGAAUUUCUUCUCUUACUCUCUGGGAUUUUACCAAAUCCUAAGCUAGAAGCCUCUGUUCUCUCAGUCUGGUAUGUCCCUUUCAUCUUCUUCAGCUCUGAAAUCGAAGUUGUGGAUUAUGUAAGAUCAAUGGCUCCGUUGGUUGCUUUAUCGGUCAUAUUUGAUGCCCUUCACGCAGUUCUUUCGGGUGUAGCUAGAGGAUCAGGGAGACAAGAUAUAGGGGCUUAUGUAAAUCUAGCAGCAUACUAUCUCUGUGGUAUACCAACUGCUAUUCUAUUAGCGUUUAGGUUUAAAAUGGGAGGAAGAGGACUCUGGAUUGGGAUCACAGUUGGGUCCUUUGUACAAGCGGUUUUGCUCGGUCUUAUCGUCAUCCUCACCAACUGGAAACAACAGGCGGGAAAAGCGAGGCUGAGAGUGAUGGGUGGCGAGUUUAAUGAGAAAGAUAGUGAAGAACAUGAGGAGAUCAGCUAAAUCAAUAGACUGACAAUCAUGUCGUCGCCAUUAAAUGUUGAGCUUUAAUUAGUUCGAUAUAUGUGGUGUACUGGUGUUGUUGUUAUAGUGAUGAUGAAGAAUUGAUUGUGAGUUUCGGCCUCUACUGUCUUUGAUGUCCACACUACUUAUAAAAAGUUAAUAAUCAUUUAUCAUAUCGAAAACA